AUGGCGACGCCGGCCUGCAACCGCGAUCCGCACCUGUCGGGCGAGCAGCCGGCCUAUGUCGUCAAGCCAAGCGCGCGCCACACGCACACCGUCAUCCUGCUGCACGACGUGGCCUCGAGCGGCAACAUGUUUGGCCGCGACCUGCUGAGGGCCGGCCGGACCUCGUCGGGCAAGACGCUCGACCACCUCUUCCCGGGCGUCCGCUUCGUCUUCCCCACCGCCCAGCGCCGCCCCUGCUGCGCCCUCGGCCAGCUCAAGGUCGGCCUGUGGUUUGACAUGGCCCGCUUCCAGGAGCCGAGCUUCCGCCAGGAUCUGCAGCGCGAGAGCCUCUGCGUCUCUGCCCGCCAGAUUGUCGUCCUCUUGCGCUGGGAGAUGAGGCUGGUGCCCGCCACCAACAUCCUCAUCGGCGGCCUGGGCCAGGGCUGUGCCAUGUCGCUCGUUGUCCUCCUGAGCCUGGGCUUCCGGCUCGGCGGCGUCAUCGGUAUGAGCGGCUACCUGCCUUUUCAGUUUGAGCUGCAGAUGAACACGGCCGAGGACUCUUCGACUGACGACGACGACGACGACGACGACUACGAUGACGAAGACGACGACGACGACUAUUAUGACGACGACGACGACGACGACGAAGAGUAUGAAGAUGACGAUGGCCGCGAGAAUGGCAGCAACGGCGCCCUGGAGCCGCAGGACCCCGUUGUGCGAGCCCAGAUCUUCGAGAGGACGCUGCUGCAAAUCAAAAACGCAGACUCCCCGACCAAAGAAAAGACCUCAUGCGGCACGCCCAUCUUCCUGGGCCACGGCGCCGACGACACGGCCGUCCCGUGCGAGCUGGGCGAGCAGGCUGCCGGGGCCAUGAGGUCCGUCGAAUACCAGGUGGAGUGGAGGUGUUACCCCGGGCUUGGGCACGGAUACCACGUCCCGGGCGAGAUGGACGAUAUUGUCGACUUUGUGCGGUCCAAGGUUGGGCUGGAGCCACGCGCCUAG